UUGGGGGGGGGGGGUUGUUGAUUGUUUAAUGCCAUAUGGUUGCAUCCUAAUGUUGCAGGGGUGGACUGACCAUUUGGAAACUCGGGCACUGCCCGAGGGCCCGGGGUCAGUAGGGGGCCCCAUGAGAUGCCCCUGGUACCUUUUUCAUAGGCUUUUUUUUGAGUUUGGGCAAGGACACAGGGGCAUGAUCCCUAUUGCCCGGGGGCCCCAUGAGUUGUCAGUCGCCCCUGAUUGUGUGUCUAGUUUGGGAGAAAACUAUUAUGGGAUGUAUGUGUUUAUGUGUAUUAGCUUAGUGGGGGGGGGGGCCCAUGAGAUGCCCCUGGUACCUUUUUUCAUAGGCUUUUUUGAGUUUGGGCAAGGACACAGGGGCCCCAUGAUCCCCUAUUGCCCAGGGGCCCCA